AUGUUGUCUCGUGGAUUCAAGGAUCAAAUUUACGAUAUUUUCCAACAAUUACCACCCGAUAUUCAAGUUGUACUAUUGUCAGCUACUAUACCUGAUGACGUCAUGGAAGUCACAACUAAAUUCAUGAGAGACCCAAUCAAAAUUUUGGUUCAAAAGGAAGAACUUACUUUGGAAGGUAUCAAACAAUUUUACGUUGCUGUGGAACUUGAGGAAUGGAAAUUGGAAACGUUAUGUGAUCUAUACGAAACGUUAACUAUUACUCAAGCUGUAAUCUUCGUAAAUACAAGACGCAAGGUGGAAUGGCUUACUCAAAGAUUACACGAAAGAGAUUUCACAGUCUCAGCUAUGCAUGGCGAUAUGGACCAAAAAGAGCGUGAUGUCAUCAUGCGUGAAUUUCGAUCUGGCUCCAGUCGCGUUCUUAUAACUACCGAUUUAUUGGCUCGAGGAAUCGAUGUACAGCAGGUAUCAUUGGUUAUUAACUACGAUAUUCCUACUAAUCGUGAAAAUUACAUUCACAGAAUUGGCCGAAGUGGCCGUUUUGGCCGUAAGGGCGUAGCCAUUAAUUUUCUGACGAACGAUGAUGUAAGAUUGCUGAAAGACAUCGAACAGUACUAUAAUACGCAAAUCGAAGAAAUGCCUAUGAAUGUUGCUGAUUUGAUUUAAAAAGUCAUAAAUCGUGAUAAUGUGUUAAGCCAUGAAGUAAGGAGCAAGAGAUGUUGGUAGAAUUUGUAUUAACAAUGCUACCAAAUUAAAUGCACAGGUUAAUAUUUGAAUUUCACGUUAAGAAGAGUAGUAUAAUACUUUCUUAAUAACGUUUAAGCUAUUACACUACGAGUUGUUUGAACGUGGC